AUGCAAAAGCACAAGGAGAGAUAUUUGGAAAAGUUCAGAAAGAAAGAGAAAAUCGAGAACUUCGUCAAAGAAGAGGAACAACAUAUCCGCGCUUGUUAUGAAGAAAAAUUUAAGGGUUUCGAUUUCAUAGAGAUGAUUCUGCGUGAUGCUUUCUUCAUCAUUGAACUCUUCUUGAGGAAGUACCAUGAUGAUAGAGGAGAUUUUUUGUUAAGUAAACCGUGGCUAACAAAUGCUAUAAAACUGGACUUGCAAUUACUUGAAAAUCAGCUUCCAUACUUCGUCCUGGAGGAGUUAUACAUGUUAGCCUAUGGCUGCUCCGCUAGACCUUCCUUCCUUACUCUUUCUUGCAAGUUUUUCAGUUAUAAGGAGCCAGAUGAAGAAGCCAAACGGAAUAUGGAAAUUAAAGAUUUUGUCGACUUGAGAAGACAUACUGUGUUGUUCGGAGUCGAAAUCGAUCCAGAAUUACCAAAGUCUCCAGGCGGAAAAUAG